CGUAGUUUCUCACUGUCACACUGACAUAAUUACUUCAUUUGAAGUGGUCAUUUUUACUUCCACGCGCAGCCUUUACACAAGGUUUCUCUACCAAGAUGUUGUCUUUACCCAGACCCAACAAAGUAGUGAAAGAUCCAUCAUUAGAUCUUCACAAAUUGUUAGACGAAGCAGAGCUGAGCAAAAUUAAAGAGGCAUUCGAUCAGGCAGAUGGCAGAAGAAUGAACAGAGCUGAGUUGAAAGCAGCUUUAUACAAAUAUGCAAAGAUUGAGUAUGAUGAGGAGAAGUACAAUCUUGUCUUUGAUAGAAUGAAUGUAACAUGCUCUGGUAUUGUGAGUUGGGAUGAAUUCAUCUCUUAUUUGAUCUUGCUCUAUGAACAACAAGAUGUCAGCAUGGAGUUCAAAACAUUAGACCCGCCGAUUCCACUGCCACCUAACAUGCUGAAGAGUAACCACCGACAUGCCAUCAACAGGAUAAAGUUCUUUCCAACAGUCAAGCCUGACAGAUCCUGGAACUGGCACGAUGGGAGCAUAAUCACCUGCAGCCAUGAUGGAACGAUCAACUAUUGGUCGUUGGACAUGCAGCUGGAAAGAACCGUACAGUCCACGUGUCCUUAUUUGUGGAUCCAAGGCACCUGGGUCACGGAUAUGGUUCCGAUGCCAGACUGCAGUGUUAUCUGCACCAGCAGCUCAGAAAGGGAUCUCAGGUUCUACGAUACAUCCGCCAGGAAGUUUGAACUCAGGGUCAUGGUUACCUCAUUUCCACAUCCAGUUACAACCAUGUACUACAGCUUCAAUGAGGAUGUUACAGUGCCAUCAAAACUCGUACUUGGAGACAUGGGUGGCUACGUCAAAGUACUACUGAUCAACACUGAUGCUAGAGGACCUUUCAGGAGUCAACCAGGCGUCAUUUUACAACAGAUGAGAUAUGAUCGCCUGGUCAAAGGUGGAAUUCCCGACAUAAAAGUGCUAGACCUUGGGUGCCUGCAUAGUGACUACGUCCGCCAAGUAGAGUACUACUCUGCUUUCCAUUCCGUGGUGUCCUGUGCCCAAUGUCCCAAAAGGGGUAUGUUGAUGACGGAUAUCGGCGAAGAAAGAAAAAUGAACGUGUUCAAAGUAGUUUCGGGCGUAUGGUGCUUCACUCUGGGCAGAGGAGCGCAUUUGGUCGCAACCGGCGGUCCCGACUGCCAGGUGCGACUGUGGAAUCCAUUCAUGCCUAAGCGGCCCCUUUGCACCUUCUACGGACACCACACUGGUAUUGUCAGAAUGGUCAUCCAGGAUGCGAAGUUCCUCUACAGUCUUUCCAAGGACAAAUGCAUAAAGGUUUGGGACGUAGGUGUACAAUCUAUUUGCCAAACGUAUCUGGAGAUACCAGCACAGCUCGGUGAACGUAAUGAACUAACCACUUUGUACAACCAGGAAAGUAGACAAUGGAUUAUUGGAAGCAUCAUGAUAGCAGUAUUACCUUUAAGUCCCAAACAGAGUUCUGAACAUACAGAUGGACACACCCACACCAGUAGUAUAUCUUGCAUCUUAUACAAUAAACUCUUUAAGACAAUAGUGACAUGUGGACUUGAUAGCUAUAUAAUUGUGUGGGAUCCUUGGGAUGGAAGAAGGCUUCUUGUAGUGAAAGAAGCUCAUACACUUAUGCUACAUGGAGAAGUGAUUCCUGUUGAAAUCACUGCUGCUACGUUUGAUCCGGGCUUUUCUCGACUGUUAACUGGAGCGCACGACGGUACCCUUAAGAUUUGGGAUUUCAACACUGGUACUUGCUUAAGAAAUAUGAAUAUUGAUAACGAAAAAUCGUCGACAGAAGUACAGUCGGUCAUAUGGGUGAAAGGAAGAAUAUUAGCGAUGGGCUGGAAUAGAAGAGUGACGGAAUUUGCUGAUAGUGGAGAAGCGAUUGGACCUGGUGGUGCUUAUAGCAAAAAUUGGGACCUACGUCAUACUGAAGACAUAAGCGCUUCAGCUGUGAAAAUUCCGGAAACCCUGGCAACUAGCUCCUACGUAGGCGAGCUCAUCCUGUGGAGACUGGAAACUGGGCAGCCAUACAAAAAGUUCAACGUAUCUAACCCUACUGCUAGAAUCAAAAUACAGUACACGCUAAGCAAGCAGAAGGAUGAGAUGAUUAAAAGAAGGAGCAGUAUAAUCACCAGGAGGUCCAGGUUGACUUCAUUGGGUGAAGAGAGAAGGCAAUCUAUGCUUCCACCGCCUGAUACAGCGUUACUGCAAGGACCUAUGAGAGCGAAAAGAGGCGCCAGAAGUGCAAGAAGAGUAUCAACUGUCGCUUUGCCUGAAGAAUGCACAAGUCAACGAAAUUUUGCUGUUCAUUGCAUGGUCUUCCUGACGGCGAGAAAGAUGGAUCCUCGCGUUGGUACUUUGCUGGUAUCUCUGGAAAACGGUGUCGUCCAAGUGUGGAGCCAUCAUAUUAGUGGCGGCUUCAUCACGUCGUUUUCGGCAAUUCACAAGGCUGGAGAUUACGUCUUAUCCAUGGCCUCUGAUGCGAGUAAUGAGUUUCUUUUCGUAGGUACAACUGUUGGGUACAUCAAAACCUGGCUGCUAAAGAACUACGUUUGUUUGCCAGAAGAUGUAGAACACCUUUGUAUGCCCAAAUAUAGACUAAUGUUUCCAUUUCUAUGGGGAUCCAGAUUUAUGGGAAGAGCUAUGAGACUAGCAUUGACUCAAGAAAAACCGAUGUUAAUGAACAGUUACAGAGGACACUUCAUGCCGAUCUCAGGUUUGACUUACAUAAACGAGAAUAAAAUCCUGAUAAGUUGCUGUGCAGAUUUUAGCGCUAGGAUGUGGACUUUAAGUGGCAGAUAUCUUCAAACUAUAGGAACGUUCAAGCCGUGGAAACAUAUUGAAAGGGGAAUUCCAGUCCCUGAUACGUUCGAGUUCACGAUACCCCCUGACAUAAGAAGGACUUGCAGUUCCACCUCUUUAAGGGUGCUACAUGGAGGUACCCUCCCAAAGGGGUUGACUUUCAAACAGUUGCAAAAGCAGGCUGAGAAGAAUGUAAUCAAUGUUGAUCAUCACAAGAUUUAUGGCAAGCCACUCGACGAUCCAAUACUGGGCCAUCAUUACAAUAUACCCCAGAGGACCACACAACCUAAGACCAUUCAGUUUGAUACGUCGCUUCCAUAUAUACCAGUGUAUCAGCACUUGAUAACUCCGAAUCCUGUCCCCAUCGUUAGAAAUUAUCCAUCGUCUAGAAGGUCUAGUAUCAGAAAAUCCAAGGAUAAAGACGUCAAGAUGUAAUUUCUUCGAGAUGUAUCACGAU